CCCCAAAAUCAAAGUAUUCCGUUCAAUAUUGACGGCCUAUAGUGAGUAGUGAACUGACAAUAAUACAGUAAGUCUUUUGUCUACAGUAUAUCUCUAUAUACUUAUCUACCUAUCUAUCUAUAUAAACUACAUACACUCCAAGCUUCCCGAACCAACCAAACCAAACUACUCCACUUGUUUACUACUUCAUUCAACAGCCACCGAAACAACAUCGACCACUCAUGGAGGCCUUAUCUCUCUCUGUAGUUCUAGUUUUUCUCUCUCUUGUUAUCACCGUCUUCGCCUUCCGACGCCGGUCUCAUUCCGAUGUCAAGCUGCCACCGGGCAGCUUUGGGUGGCCAGUCAUGGGCGAAACCAUGGAGUUCUUGUUUGGCAAGCCGGAAAAUUUCGUGGGUGAUAGGAUGAAAAAGUACUCACAUGACAUCUUCAAGACAAAUAUUCUUGGAGAGAAAACCGCGGUGAUAUGCGGCCCUAACGGGAACAAGUUUCUCUUCUCCAACGAGCAAAAGCUCUUCACCGUCUUCCGUCCACAUCCGAUGCAAAAGCUUUUCCGAUCGUACAAAACUAACGCACCUGCUCCACCGGUCCAAGCCUCACCAGGGGAUGAGGUGAAAUCAAUUAGAACCCCCGGUUUUUUCAAACCGGAGGCCCUAAUGAGGUACUUGGCCAAAAUGGACUCCAUUACACAACAGCAAUUGGAUAUUCAUUGGGAAGGAUUAAGUGAAGUGAAAGUCUUUCCUCUCUCAAAGACGGUGACCUUGACGCUUGCGUGUCGCUUCUUUUUGGGCAUCGACAAUCCAGAGCGUAUCGCGAGGCUUGUUGGCCACUUCGACGAUAUCACUCUGGGGAUGCACUCGAUUAUUUUGAACGUCCCCGGAACGAUCUUUUAUCGGGCAAACAAGGCUGCGGCUGCCAUCCGGAAGGAGCUAGUGAAUGUGAUUAAGGAGAAGAAAGCUGCGAUGGCGAGUGGGGCACCGAUGCAGGACAUAUUGUCGCAUAUGAUUGUGGCCGCAGAUCCAAAUGGGAAUUUCAUGCCAGAGGCAGAGAUUGCUGAUAAAAUGAUGGGUUUGAUAGUAGCUGGGUAUAGUACAGUUUCUACCACCAUAACUUUUUUCAUGAAGUAUGUGGGUGAAAAUCCAGAUGUCUACAACAGAGUACUAUCAGAGCAAUUGGAAAUCUCGAAGGGCAAAAAGGCAGGGGAAAUGUUAGAUUGGGAAGAUUUGUCGAGAAUGAAGUACUCAUGGAAUGUGAUGUGCGAAGUAAUGAGACUCGUUCCUCCUCUUCAAGGAACUUUCAGGGAGGCCCUGUGUGACUUCACCUAUGCUGGUUACACAAUCCCAAAGGGAUGGAAGGUAUAUUGGACUGUUAGCACAACAAACAAGAACCCCAUGUACUUUAAGGAUCCGGAAAAAUUCAACCCCUCAAGGUACGAAGAAGGAGAAGCACCGCCUCCAUACACAUAUGUACCGUUCGGUGGUGGGCCUAGAUUGUGCCCCGGAAAAGAGUAUGCGCGAUUAGCAGUAUUGACUUUCAUCCACAAUGUGGUGAAGAGGUAUAAGUGGGAGAUUCUGUUUCCUGAUGAGAAGGUUAUGGGUGAUAUGAUGCCAACACCGGAAAAAGGCCUCCCAAUCCGCCUAACUCGAUGCUAGGUCAUUAUAUCAGUUUUUUUUUUUUUUAAGUUUGUUGCCAUUUGAACUUGUUUGAUGUGCAGAUCAAACUUAAAAUCUUCAUAGCAUGUAUUAAAAGGUACUCCCAUGUUAUUUUUAUUUUUAAAAUCCUUAUUAAAAGGUACCAUGUGACAGCAAUGUUUUCCAUAAAGAAAUCGAUCUUUUGUGAAAA